CCUUCGCCGCGUAAUGGUUUGUCUACCGCAGCGGCACCGAACGUGUAUUAUCAUCGCCGUAACAACAAUAAUAAUAUUAUUAUAAUAAUAAUAUUAUAAAAAAUAUUAUCGUUUUUCACGCUGAAAGCACUCGCAGGCGCAUUAUUCGAACGGUACAAUAAUAAUAAUAAUAAUAAUAUUGUUAUAAUAUAAUAUCGUCGUAAAACGAUCGCGAGUAUCUGCACGCUUCACCCCGUCGAUCGUCGCCGGCCGGUAUUGGUGGUGGUCGCUUUCUAUUUAAUAUCGUAAUAAUAAUAAUUAUUGUUUUGAAAACAGAAUUCCGUUUUCGGCCCCACUGCGUGGCUUACGUAUUAUUAUUAUUUUAAAAAUAUAUCGAUCGUAAUAUACCUUUCAUUAUUAUUACUUUUUUUUAACCGGCAUAAUAUAACACUGUUUUAUUAUUAUUUAUUACAAUAAUAUUACGGAAGACACAUGUUCGAAACGGUACGGCGUUAGUUAAUAAAAAAUAAUAACAUAUUAUAUUAAUUACAGUUGUAAUACUAUCCAAACGUCUAUAAUAAUCGCCCCGAGGCAUUCUACCGCCGAUUGGCACCCGAAUGUGUCGUUUUGCGAUUUUUCGCGCGAUAAUUAUUAUUAAUAAUAAUUGCAUAUUGUGCGCACACCACGAAUCACGACGUCACUCUAUAUUUUGAAUUGAUCUCGAAACGAGCCAAACACGUUAGCUCGGUAUUCUAAUACAUAUUAUUAUUAUAAUGGUAUAUGUAUUUGGAGGACAUUGAUUUUGACCAAGCAGGGGACUCGGCAACUCGGCGCCGGCACAAUUACCAUAAUAAUAAUUGAUUAAUUAAUUGACGACCACGGCCACGGCUUGUGAAACUAUUUACACCGGACGUCGAUGAAAUAAAUCCAAAUCAAAUUGUCUUGUAUCGAAAGUAUAUUAUAUAUACCUAGGUAUACUAUCGCCCACGAGUAUGAAGGUAUCACCACUGUUGCCACAGACGUCGGCCAAAAAACAAGAAGAAGUUCCUCUUCACGACAACUCGGAAGCCACUACUAACUGUUUGAAGCGCCGCCGGCUUCAUUCGCAGACGAAUAUUAUAAUCAAUGGUCACUAUCGACAUAGUAAACACCAUUACCCACGGCACGACGACAAAUCGUCAUCAAUGGAUUGUUUCGACACCAUUAGCAACAGCGUUAACGGCAACAGCAACAGCAGUUGUAACAGCAGCAAUAGUGGCGAAGACGCGAGCGAUUGUGACGAUUCACCGAUGAGACCUAACAGUCACCCAAGCCAACAAUACCCAGAAGGGGGGACGUCAACGCCGUCGCCUGCACAUCACAAUAAGAAGGAUGGCUAUCAACAGACUACUACAGUCGCCAAUAAUAACAAUUGUAGUAAUGGAGGAGAUUGUAUGACACCGGCAAUAAGACAUACUGUACAACAACUAACCACCAAUAGUGAUGAUAAAAUCACAUUAUCGUUGUCAACACAAUCUGAAAAAAAUAAUGACAGUGAAACCUACAACAUUACAAAUGAACCGAUAUUGUCGUCUAGUUCAGUUAAAAACCUAAAUAAAAAUACAACGAUUAAUGAGAAACCUCCGUCUAUGGUAAACACUGAUUUUGAUGAACCUAUGGCAACAGCCAAUGAUAUUAACAGUGACACUAGUAAUGAUGAUUGUUUGUCUCAAUCGCCUUUGAACUUAACCCGUUCCCAAGGGUCAUCAGAAGAAGGUGGCAACAAGAGUGAAGACGACGAAGGCGAAUAUGACGACGAUAGCGAAGAAAAAAACGGUAUUGGUAAUUCCAUUAAUGAAGAAGAAAAUAUGGUCAAUGGUCAUAACAUACCAACAACAGAAGUUCCAUUUCCUUGGAAUAUUACCUCGGCUAAUAAUAAACAAAAGCAGCAACAUCAGGAUGAUAAAAUCACAGCAGCACCACCUCAACUUUUGUUAACAUCUGGUCAACUUACUACGGGAUGCUUACAAGCAGCUCAAUUGCUAAUACCAACAGCUCGAGGUAUUAUGACACAAACAAUUUUGGCCAUUCCCAUCAAUGAUAUGGUAUCUUCUGCAAUCACAACUCCUACUUCUAAUCAGCAACAACUACAGCAACAGUUAUUAUAUCACUCAACAAAUAGUGUUCGACAAAAAAAUAUUAAUCGACAACAGCUCAAUCAAACUUGUCAACCGUCAUUAUCCUUACCACUCAAUCGUUAUUUUCAACAACACCAAACUACAGCUGAUGAUACGACUACUGCCAGUGGUACCCCCGACAAUGUUAAUAAUGAUAAUAAUAAUUAUGAUGGUAGUAUGAUUAAUAAUGACACGGUUACAGCAGAUCACUAUAAUAAUAUUCAACGACGAAAAUGGCAAUCUCCUGACAUUAAUAGCAAAAAACACAACUUUUUAACACCUCAACAAAAGCUAUUACCUCGCGCCAAGAAUGAGGAAAGCAGUGAUUCGAUGAAUGUACAACGUUCAAAAGAAUCGUCUAUGGUUCAAAUACCAACGGGCACAAACGGAGAUUGUCGCAUUUAUUCAACCAAUAAUGCUGCUUCAAUUGUUACUGCUGUGACACCAAUGUCACCUCCUACACUCAGGCGUAAUGACGGCAGUAAUGGAGGAGGUGUAGAAGUAAUUCAACGUCAAACUGUAUGGCCAACAGCAAUUACAACAACCGAUCAACAUAAUGGUGGCGAUGAAACGGAAAAUGAAGAAGAUAAACAACAGCCACAUCAGCCUUCCCAUGUUAUAUCUCCUGCGCCUCCAACGUCUUCCGCCAACAUAAAUGCUUUAAAGUCAUUAGCACCGCCAUCUUCACAACUCAACUGCCACAUAAAACAAUCCAAGGACGAGGACUCGACCUCAGCAGCUGCUGCAGCAGCGGCUGCAUAUAAUCAGCAAAACGCUAUUUGCACAGCACUCGCCACACACAUGCUAUGUGCUUCACAACUCGCCGCUGCACAACAACCAAUAUUUGAGAAUCUGGAAAGUGGCAACCCCGCUAAAAAACCAAAUAAUGUAUACAAUAACAAUAAUAAUAACAUCAAAACAAAUAACAUGAUGGGCGUAGUGAACCCAGCCGUAUUGGAGAAAUGGAUGAUGGAGGAGAGGUAUUAUUACAAUAAUAACAAUAACAACAACAAAAACAUUACUGGUGGUCACUCACAUCACCAGAGGUAUAACGCAGCCGCCGCAGCGGCUGCUGCAGCAGCAGCUGUCGAAUUGUUGAGUGGUGGAGUAUCUGCAUCGUCAAGUGGUGGCGGUGGUGACAGCUUAGCGUCGUGCAAAAAACGAAAAAGACGCACUUCGUUUACACCACACGCCCUAGAGUUGUUAAACGGUCAUUUUGAACGCAAUACACACCCAUCAGGAUCUGAAAUCACUGGACUGGCACACAGAUUGGGCUACGAACGUGAAGUGAUACGCAUUUGGUUUUGCAAUAAACGUCAGGCGUUGAAGAACACUGUUCGCACUAUAAAUGGCAGCGGUCCAGCACAUAUGACUGGCACAAAAUCUCAUAACAAUACAAGUGGUUACUAAUCACUGCAUAAUUUAUAAAAUUUACGUUGUAUCAAAAUAAUGAAACAUACCCAGUUUUUCCGACAAUCACAAAGUAGCAUCUGGUCAUGUCCAUAUCUCUUUUGCCUUUUCUUUUUUUCGCAAAAUCUCUACCGGGCAGAAUUAUUUUCUUUAUUCAUUCACAACACCCAUCAAUUCAUAAGAAUAAUUAGUGGUUAAAAGACCAAAUAUGGGAGAACACAUUUUAAAAAAUAAUAUGUUUAACUUUUUUCAUAAUUUUUUUAGUUGUUUUAAGCGUCUAAUUAUAAUUAAUAUUAAAUAAUAUUAAUAGAUUUUAAUUUAUAACUUUUAAUAUUAUGUUUGGAUUUUCAUUAGUAGUUUUAAAAGAAAACUAUAACUAUAUCCCAAAUACUAAGAAGAAAUGAAAUAUUUUUUGUGAAAUAAUAAUAAUAAAUAGUACCUAUUUAAUAUGUGUAAAUAAUGUUAGUGUACAAUAUGGUUAAGUUUAAAAACUAAUUUAUAUUUUGGUGACAACAAUAUAAGCUUAAAUUAAGCUUUAAGUGUAUUCACUUAAUUAUAAAUUAUAUAAUGCAUGUCGAAGUAUGAAAUUAACUUUUAUAUCAAGAGUCAAAGUUACCAAUUGAUAGACUGUUAACAAAAUACUAGGUCUUUUAAAAAUAGUAGGAAAAGUCAUUUUAAAAAGUACAUUUAGAACCUAUUACAACCAAUAACAAAAAAAAUUUGAAUAUAAUGUGUCAAAUAUUUCAUUUUUGUACUACCAAACAGUAUAUUAUAAAAUGUGUUUGACUUAAAAAUGAUAAUAAUUAAAUAUUGUCAUAUAUUACAAUAAUUGUAAUAUACAUCUAGUCAAAGGUACAACUUCAGUCUUCAGUACCAUAAUCAGGAAACUAGAUAUUAUUACAGUACAUUGAAUUUACAUAAUACUUUUAAAGGAGGCUAUAAAAACAUUCCUUAGAGCCAGUUCUUCCAUACUUCCAAUUGCAUUAAUGCAUAUAGUUUUAAUAAUUUUAAAAAUUAAACAUUAUUUGUCUUAAUAUACUUUAAGGAAUAUACUGAAAGGAAUAUUUGGUCUCUUAACCAUUGAAAAAUAACUUACAGUUAAUACCUAUUUAUUUUCUCAUAACAUGCCUUAUAACAAAUAUUUAAUUUAUAUUUGUAUACUAUUUUUACUAUGUAUAAGCAGUAUUGUAAAUUUCCACAUGUCAGUAUGUGUGUGUAACUGUAUAUGUGUAUGUGUGUGUCUGUAAAUGUAUAUGUGUGUAUACUUACCCUAUUAAAAUGAGAUAGUUUUUUUUGUAUUUUAACCGCCUCGAUUAUUUCAUCUUGUGUCAAGACUGUUAAGUAUUAAAAUCGAAAUAAUUGAUGUAAAUGAGGUAGUAAUUUAAUAUUAAUAAUAAAAAAAAAAAUUAUAAAUGUUCUUUAGUUGUUCUUCUUUAUUUGACAUUAAAACGUGUAUUUUUCUAAGUUAGUGUUAUGAUAAGUAAUUCGAUGUGUUAUAAUAUCAUCAUUAAAUAAACUAUAAGAUAACCACAUUA